CUCACAGCAAACAACUGACUACUUUUGUUCUCUUCCGGUCCAGGAUCUCGUCGUUCGGUGUGUACGCGGGGACUUGAGUGCCACGGAUUGCAAUUGCGACAAAAGCACGACGUAUAUAGGACAUGCAUUGAUCAUCGCCGGCGCUUGACGAUCAUGGCCGACACUGGACUUCCUACCAACCACGAAGGUUUAGACAGAGACCAUCAACCUUCCACUGUCCUUACCACCACCGGUCCCGUAGGAGAAUCAGGUCUUCCUCCAUCUCGUCCCACUUCAAACACGGCCAACUCGGCAUCUCGCACACGAUCCACUGCUCCACAGGCUCGUGUAGGCUCUCCCGUGCCAUCACUGGGUGGCCGUGGUGGUGGCAGCUACCAGAACGAUCCAUCUCGACGAACCCAUGUUCCAAACCUCAUCUCGAGCGCAUUCCUUCCUACCAGUCCAAGACGUACCGAUCCACAAUCUCCACCGCCGACCAGUCCACAACAACCGCAGCUUCCUAUAGCAAGACCAAGCACCGACAGUGGCCGUAGAACACACCGUUCCCGCAAUAGUAAUGCGUCGAUAGUCACUCUCGAACAGAGCAACAGACCAAGGAUCGACCCGGAUGCUCCUCCUUUGCCCACUUCUCGGGGAACUGGAACCACAAACUACGACUUCAACAGAGAUUUGCAGCCUUUCGGCAGUGCUAAGAGCCAGGAGAGUCAAUAUCCUUUACGAAAACCACCCACGCUCGACAUCGACGGGACCACUCGAUCGACUUCUUCACUGCAAGCCCAGAAGUCGCCCAUCUCACUGCGUGCUUCAUGGAGUCGUCAGAGUCGCUCUAGCAGAGUGAACGGUCGAAGUGCCGAUAGAGACGGCCACGAGAAGCUUCCUUCGGUACCCCCAUCACCUGCAAACUACAAGGCCACUCCUGUUCUGGACGACUACAAACCGAGCACUGGAAGAAACUACCAAUAUUUCAACGGCAACGCUGUCUUCUUUCUGCGUGGCAGACUUAUUAAUACUCGCCAGCGGCCACUUAAUGUCUUUACUGCACUCCUUGCUAUCAUUCCUGCCGCUUUGUUCUUUGGCUUCUCCGCGCCAUGGCUAUGGCAUCAUGUUUCACCAGCGAUACCCAUCCUCUUUGCUUAUGUCUUCUUCAUCUGUCUAUCUUCUUACCUCCAUGCCUCUUUUUCUGAACCAGGGAUCAUCCCACGUAAUCUUCAUCCUCAGCCGCCGACCCCAGCGGAUGAGGAUCCUCUAGCCAUCGGUCCGUCUACCACUGAAUGGGUCACUGUUAGAUCCUUUGCCCCAUCUGCAGGUGGUAAUACCACUACCGCUAUGGAGGUGCCCAUCAAGUUUUGCAAGUCAUGCAAUAUCUGGCGUCCUCCUCGUGCUCACCACUGCCGCAUCUGUGACUCGUGUAUCGAGACUCAGGAUCACCACUGUGUGUGGCUCAACAACUGCGUUGGUCGUCGCAACUACCGCUACUUCCUCACCUUUGUCGCUUCUGGAACCGUCCUAGGUCUAUUUCUUCUCGCCGCCAGUCUUACUCACAUCCUCGUUUGGAUGCACCGGAACAACUCCGACUUUGCACAUGCUCUUAAUGUUUGGCGCGUCCCAGCUGCCAUGUGCGUGUAUUCUUUCAUAAUCCUCACAUAUCCUUUGAGUCUGUGGGGAUACCAUCUCUUCCUCAUGGGCAGGGGUGAAACAACAAGAGAGUACCUGAACAGCCAUAAGUUCCAGAAGAAGGACCGCCACAGACCUUUCAGCCAGCACUCGAUCCUAAAAAAUUGGUCUAGUGUUUUCACUAGACCUCGUCCACCGACAUACAUGCGCUUUAGGCACCGCUACGCAGAAGGCGAUCAACGUCUUGGCGAGCUUAGGUCUAAGACACCUAAGCAGACUGAAAAGGACGGCGACGUGGAGAUGGGUGAAAUCAACGCCGGCGCUGCUAACAGCAACGUUGGCUAUCAAGGCCAGAGAACCUUGACGCCCAUCAACAACACUCCUCGAGGGUAGAAUGCCUCACAACUUCACCUCCGCUUUCUCUUCAGAAAUCUCUAUGACAUUACAGCCCUUCCGCUGUGAUGAUUGUUCACGCUUACCACGCCGGAUUUGUUUUAUUAUUCGUCUUUGCUCUCUCUUCUGAUUGUACAUAUAUAUUUAGCCUGUGUCUAUACCCCUAUCAGCGAAUCAAUUAUCUUCUGAAGA